AUGAGCGUUUUCGGAGAAAUUUUUGAACGCAACUUUCCUUAAGACUGCCGCCCCUCAGUGUCAUCCUCAGUGUCACAUCCUUGGUCCCUCCUUUUCAAGGGGAAAAUGAGGCCUUAUCCAAGGACACUAUUACUCUCAAAGAGUCAAAGAGGAAGACGCGACUCGGUAGCUCUAAUUUCCGGAUCAAGAUUUGGAGGAACUGGCAAGUGUCGCGCUCAAGGCUUUCUGCAAGAUCGCAAGGGACAAUCUAACAGUAGCAAACGAGAAGUGUCCGACUGGUAAUAGUGACCUACAGAAAUGGUUCACGGAUGACAAGC